AUGGAAGACGUUUGGGAUUUUGAUACUAUUGAUGUUGAAGUAGACAAGGAUUUGAAGAAGCAAACCAAGAGAUGCAAUGAUGCGUUCUUGAACAACUUGUGUCCCGACAUAGCUGGUGAAGAAGGUGAUGACUUUGCAAUCCCUGAAAUUGAACAUAUGGAUGACGAUGUUGACUUAAAUGAAGAUGAUGCUAUGGAGAAUGAAGAUCAAUUUGACUUAAUGCGAGAAAGAAGUGGGUUUGAUGAAGAAGUAUCAAGUGAAAGCUACCAAGAUUCUAAGCAUGAGUUGAGUACAGCACCCACGAUCCAACGGUUAAAUGGAACAAGAUGA